AUGACGCCCCCGCAUAAUGCAUGCGCGCCAUUAGCGUCCUCGCGCAUUAUUUAUGCGGCGCCGAAGUUGCCAGCCCUGCGCCGCGUCGCGCUGCGGCUCGCGAUUCGCAGUUGGCUGCAAAGAGAUUCCAAUUUUCCAGGGCCUAGAGGCGCGAUUCGGCGAAUACAAAGGCGUGUCCAGCAGACCGAGGACGUAUGUUGGUUCUUUGCAAAUAUCCGGAUGAGAAUUCCUCGGGAACCACCAUAUAGUGUUGUUCUUUGUUACUGUUGUUUUGUUGUUGUUGUUAUAUUAUCCUUGUUGAUGCCAUUGUCGUUGGCUACUGCUGGUGAUAUGUUCAUGGGCAAGUUUGAAGCUAAUGUCCGCGUUGAUAGAGGUAGUUGCCACGUUUCUGGUGUUUCUGCUGGAAACAAAGAAGGCGAUAGCUGGGUAGGCGGUAGGUUGAUGAGGGAGCUAGUAAUGGAGAUGGUUGAUGGAGAAGUGACGCGUUGGAUGAAGUAG